CAAAGAGGACGGUCAUCUAUCCCCCUAAAACGCUGCCCCAGCUUUUUUUUUUUUUUUUUUUUUUUUACAUGUCUGUCCGUUUAUACUUUCUUCUGAUAAACAGUAAGACGCAUUAGAGGCUGCGGGAUGUAUACUGCCGGGCUCAACCCGUUUUACGCGUCAAACUUUAGCCUCUGGUCUGCGUACUGCGCAGGGGGCUUCGCUGUGGAUACGAUGAAGAAACCCUCGUUUUGCAUCGCAGACAUUUUGCAGGCUGGAGAUGCAGAGAACAUCCCGGGAUCGUCGGCCCUCAUGGUGCACAUGGGACACCACCACCGUGCGCACUCCGGCAGCUCGCCGCUGCGCCCUUCUCCUGUUGCGCCGGAGCCGUCGGUGUACGGUACGAGGGUGAGUCCGGCGUCUCCUUACCACAGGCACGGACUACAGCUAACAUCAGUCUCCAGAACGGCAUUUAACUCGCAGCAAGCUCCCCCGCCUUCAAGCAAAGACCUCAAAUUCGGAAUUGAUCGGAUAUUGUCGACAGACUUUGAUCCAAAAGGCAAAGAAAAGUCGUCAUUAAGAGAUCUCACGUCCAUCGUUAGCUCGAACCGUCAGUCAGGGAUCCACAUCCCCGUUCAGCCUCCGGCCAGCCAGUACUUCUCCUCCAUAGACCACGGGAUGAGCGACGCGUCCUCCAUGAUGAGUUCACUAGGCAGCAGCAGCAGGCAAUCAGGCCAGCAUCAGUUUCAGGACACCUUCCCAGGUCCAUAUGCCGUCCUCACAAAAGACACGAUGCCACAGACGUACAAGAGGAAGAGGUCGUGGUCGAGGGCAGUGUUUUCCAACCUGCAGAGAAAGGGACUCGAGAAGAGAUUUGAAGUACAGAAAUAUGUCACCAAGCCGGACAGAAAGCAGCUGGCUGCGAUGCUCGGGCUGACAGACGCUCAGGUGAAGGUGUGGUUCCAAAACAGGCGCAUGAAGUGGAGACACUCCAAAGAGGCCCAGGCCCAGAAGGACAAGGAGAAGGAGCAGCCGGACAAGAGUGCGACUGAGUCCGGCGGCAGGGAGCCCAAAGAGCCGGUGGAGUCUGAGUGCGAGAGCGAGGGCAGGAGCGAGUGUGAGUCCGACGAGGCUCAGGAGGAAAACUCUGACGGACAUUUGGACGUUUCUGAGCUCAAUAAAACCAGCGUGAUCAUAAGCGGGAGCGGGCCGGCGAGCAGCGCGGAGGCAGCUCCCACAGACACAGGCACGCCGGCCUCACAGAUACUAAUAUGAAGGCUGCGUGUUGAUUGAGUUUAUGAACUAUAAGAACGAGUUAUUAUUAUUAUUAUUGUUUUGACAGAAGAACGACAGUGAUGUUAAAACGCAUCUGGAGUGGCAGUAACAAUUCAGUAACACAGAAAGGUAUGGCAAGCCUAAAGUCAGGUUUAAUUCCUGGGAACAAGUGGAGCCACCAGACAGUAUUAUUUGUUCAAUGUGACACAUUCGUUUAGCCCAGACACGAGGAACACACGUACCAGUGAAUGUGUGACUUUUGUUAGAUUUUGACCGCAUUUUUCCAGCCUCUCAUUAUAAAACCAGGCCAUUUCAAUUUAAAAAUAUGACUUCCGGCCACCUCCAGUGUCUCCUUACUGUCUCUUUCCUCUCCAGAGCUUUUGUGUGCAUCACGUUUCCCUCAUCUGAAGGAAAUAUGCCGUUGUGAAUGUUAUUUUUAGGUUAUGAACCACUCGUUUCACUUAUAAAUGAAAUCUCAGAGUAUCACGGCAGUAUUUUUUUUGGUCCAGAUAUAUAGUUGUGCUAUUUUGUUAUUAAUAAUUUGCACUGAAAAUAUUGUAAAUAAAAUGUUUCUUACUUUGAAAAA